AUGUUAGGUAAAGCAGUUGUGUCGGGUAUUUCGAUCAUCCUCGUGGUCGGCGUCGUCAUUGGCGUCGUCGCGGGGGUCCACAAAUUCGGGUCCGAUGGCGACUCCGCCGAGAAGCUGUCGCCGCAGAUGAAGGCGGUGUCCUCCGUCUGCGCGCCGACUGAUUACAAGGAGCUCUGCAUGAAGAGCCUGACCUCGUACGCCCCGAACGGCACCACCGACCCCAAGGAGCUCAUCAAAGCCGCGGUGGUCGCCAUCCAGGACCACAUGAAGGGCUCCUUGACCUUCUCCCAGUCUCUGGCUACCAAUGCCACGGAAGCCAAGACCAAGAUGUCGCUGGACGAUUGCAAGGACCUGUAUCAGUACGCCAUCGACGUGCUCCAGGCGGCCUUUUCCUCUGUCGGCGACAGCGAUCUCCACACCAUGGAGGACCGUGCUGCCGAGAUACAGAACUGGCUCAGCGCCGUCGUGUCGUACCAGGAGUCGUGCCUGGACAACAUGGACGACCUGAAGUUGAGAACCGACUUGCAAAACAACGUCCUGAACGCGAGUCAUCUCACAAGCAACGCGCUCUCGAUCGUUACGGGGAUGUCCCAAGUCCUCGCGUCCUUCAACAUCAAGCUGAACCUCACUACCAACUCCCGCAGGCUGCUGAGCACGGGCCAGGGUGGGGACUAUCCUUCGUGGUUCUCGGCUGCGGACAGGAAGCUCCUGGCGAAGGUGGACAACGGGAGGGUCCGGCCGAACGCGGUGGUGGCCAAAGACGGGAGCGGGCAGUACAAGACAAUCAAGGCGGCGCUCGCGGCUUACCCCAAGGGGCACCGAGGGAGGUAUGUGAUCUACGUGAAGGCCGGGGUGUAUGAUGAGUACAUCGAGGUGACCAAGGACCAAGUGAACGUGUUCAUGUACGGUGACGGACCGAGGAAGACCCUCGUGACCGGUCACAAGAGCAAUCGCGGCGGCGUUCCCACGAUGCAAAGCGCCACCUUUGCUGCCGUCGGGAGCGGAUUCCUUUGCAAGUCCAUGGGAUUCCAGAACACGGCCGGCUACAUCGGCGAGCAGGCCGUGGCCCUGCGUGUCCAGUCCGACAGGUCCGCCUUCUUCAACUGCCGCAUGGACGGGUACCAAGACACCCUCUACGUCCAGACCAACCGCCAGUUCUACCGCAACUGCGUCAUCUCCGGCACCGUCGACUUCAUCUUCGGGGACUCGCCGACCGUCAUCCAGAACUCCCUCAUCAUCGUCCGCAAGCCUGGCCCCGGCCAGCAGAACACCAUCACCGCCCAUGGCCGCAAAUUUAACAACGAGAACACGGGGCUCGUCAUCCACAACUGCAGGAUCGUCCCCGAGCAGAAGCUCUACCCACAGCGGUUCGCCAUCAAGACCUACCUCGGCCGCCCCUGGAAGGAGUACGCCCGGACCGUGAUCAUGGAGUCCACCCUCGGCGACUUCAUCCAGCCCGCCGGGUACCUCUCCUGGAACGGCGACAACACGUGCACCUACGCGGAGUACGGCAACCGUGGCCCCGGGGCACGCACCAACGGCAGGGUCAAGUGGAAGGGCGUCCGGGUCAUCAGCAGGAAGGAGGCUCUGGGUUACACCGCCGGUGUGUUCAUCCAGGGAAAUCAGUGGUUGAAGUACACCGGCUUCAAGUACAUGCUCGGUUUGAGAAACUAG